UUAAUUAUUUUUGAUUAAUUCUCGAUUAAUCUCCUAUUUUCCAAAUUAACUUUCUAUUCUUCUCUUUUCUUUUUUGCAAUUUUACAAUUUACUCGAAUUACCAAUUCGAAGAGGUCAAAGAAUCUCCGUUGUCAAGAAUUCUGGAUUUCUUUGUAAAAUUUUUCAACGAUCUCUUUAAAUCUUUCCUGACAAUUCUCUUGGCAGUAAGAGAUCACGACGCGUUUAUAGAUAGGUGUCGUUAUAGAAGGUAUUUCUAUCGUCUGAUUUAUAUGUGUGCGGGUCGUAUAUGAACGUAUGUAACUAGUUUAAACAUGUCAGAAAGUCACGGAAGGAGAAGACAGAUACGUUCAGUAAGCCGCGAGACAAGUGUCAUACCAACGAAAUUCAAGAAUUUCACAUUGGCGAAUUUCUCACGUCUACUAUUUCUGUUUCUAUGAUGGCCGCCGCGAUGUGGCCUGGAGUAUUACUUCUACUACUGUUACUAGCAGUCCUGCUGCAUCCAUCAAGAUGUUCGCAGGUAAAAGUGAAUUAUCGAGAGAAGGAAAAGCAGGUGUUGGACAACAUCUUAGGGCCAGGAAGAUACGACGCGCGUAUCCGGCCGAGCGGGGAAAAUGGAACAGAUGGGCCGGCCAUUGUCCGGGUAAACCUGUUUGUGCGAAGCAUCGCGACAAUUAGUGACAUCAAGAUGGAAUACUCCGUACAAUUAACAUUUCGGGAACAAUGGUUAGACGAGAGACUACGAUUUAAUGACUUCGGAGGUCGACUGAGAUAUUUAACAUUAACAGAAGCCAAUCGCGUAUGGAUGCCGGAUUUAUUCUUUUCAAAUGAGAAGGAGGGUCAUUUUCAUAAUAUUAUUAUGCCCAACGUUUAUAUACGAAUCUUUCCAAAUGGUUCGGUUCUUUACAGUAUACGAAUAUCAUUGACACUCUCGUGCCCCAUGAAUUUGAAAUUGUAUCCUCUGGACAAACAAGUUUGCUCGCUACGCAUGGCCAGCUACGGAUGGACGACUACCGACUUGGUCUUCCUUUGGAAAGAAGGUGAUCCCGUCCAGGUUGUUAAGAACUUACACCUGCCUAGGUUCACCCUAGAAAAAUUUCUCACCGACUAUUGCAACAGUAGAACCAAUACCGGAGAGUACAGUUGCCUGAAAGUAGACCUGCUCUUCAAGAGAGAAUUCAGCUACUAUCUCAUCCAAAUCUACAUCCCCUGCUGCAUGCUUGUCAUCGUCUCUUGGGUCUCUUUCUGGCUGGAUCAAAGUGCCGUACCUGCUCGAGUAUCGUUAGGCGUGACAACACUACUGACUAUGGCCACGCAGACAUCGGGAAUAAAUGCCUCACUGCCACCAGUCUCCUACACAAAGGCCAUCGACGUUUGGACGGGGGUAUGCCUGACCUUUGUAUUCGGUGCGCUACUCGAAUUCGCCUUGGUGAAUUAUGCAUCGCGCAGCGAUAUGCACAGUGACAACAUAAACAAAAAAUUCCCACCGAGCGAAAUGGAACACUCCUCCUCGGUUGAUCCAACAUCGGAGGUCCUCGACGCGGACGGUUCGGCGAAUUUCGCCAUGAAGCCUCUGGUCCAACACCCGGAGGAUACCAUGUCGAUGGAUAAGAUGCAGCAGUGCGAAAUACAUAUGCAACCGCGAAAAAAAAACUGCUGCAGGUCGUGGCUGUCCAAGUUCCCGACGAGGUCCAAGCGCAUCGACGUCAUCUCACGAAUCUUCUUCCCCAUCGUAUUCGCUUUCUUCAACCUGACGUACUGGUCCACGUAUCUGUUCCGGGACGAAGCGGAGGGCGAGUAUCUCGACGAGGAAGCGCUCGGAUCAAGGGACGUGGCUCGCGGCCAUCCCCACCAUUAUUCCCACGGAAGAACACAUCGUUCGCGUCCUAAACAUCGACACUAUCACCAUCACCAACACAAUCAUCAACAUCAGCAUCAGCAUCAACAACAACAGCAGCAGCAGCAACAUCAGCAGCAACCGUCGCAACAGCAGCAACAACAACGUCGUCAUCAUCAUCGUCACCAUCAUCACCACCACCAUCACCAUCACCAUCAUAGAGAGCAACAGCAAACGUUACAUGCACCACCACCACCUCUACCACCCCAACAAACACCUACAGGGUCGUCGUACUCGCCCGUACAGACGCUCGAAGACGAUCGUUACUCGCCGCGAACUUCCAGGCAUUCCUGCAGAAGCUCGACGAGAUCUUCGCAGUCGCCGUCGCUAUCACCGUCGUCGAGAACGGCGACCCCGUCGCCACCGUCGGCGCCCGUUAGGCCGGCACCACCUCAACGUUUUCAUCACUUCCCGCAAUUUCCUUCGUCGCGUACCAUGAGGUGCUGUUGGGGUCUAAUAACGUGCAGGUGGUUGUCCUGCAAGGCCAAGGGUAGCGCUAGAAUCGACUUCAUAUCGCGGGCGGCCUUUCCCCUCAUGUUCAUCCUCUUCAACCUAACCUACUGGUCCGCUUACCUCUUUCGAGGUGAGGAUACCGUGGGUUCGAACUAGUAGAGAUGCGUUCCGAUUGCGAAGAGAAAAAAAAAGGGAAAGAGAAAGAAACAAAGAAGGAAUGAAAGAUGAUAGAUAGAUAGAUAGAUAGAUAGAUAGAUAAAUAGAUAUCGAAUGAACGAGGAUUAGCUUAAUGGAUGGAAUACAACAAGUCAACAAAGUUUGAAGACAUGAAACUACUCUAUCUUGCUCGAAAAAGGGAAGAACGUUCUUUGGCCGAUUUUGAAUCGGUCAUGCGACCAUCAAGCGAGGGAAAGUCGAAGGGAAAGAUAACUCUUUCGAAGAUGGAAAACGGCGGACACAAGUAGAGGAUGAAAAUGAAGAUUCUCGGCGACGACGGUGGUAGGGAGUACUUCGUCAUAAGGAAAAACGAUGUGGGACAAGUUGUUCGGACGUGAAAGUGAUGGGAAAACUCUCGCGUUGUCUUUCCAUCGAAAGAGAACGUGAGAGAUUGCGGAAACACACACUGAUACACACGCACGCGCACAUGCGCACAUAUACACUGACACACAUACACGUAUGCUGGUGCCAUUAUACUCUCGACUCAUAAAACACACACAUACAAGCGCAUGAAUAGACGGGAGGGGACACACGAAUUACAUAUUAACAUAGAGAGUUACAUAUACACACACGUACACAUCUAUUUACAAGCGCAAAAAGAUUUACACACACAUACACAUUCGGAAGACCGCGUGCCACAGAGACUGAAGAGAGAAAUCAACGCAGUGGGCCCUGUAUAGCCACGGCCUGUUAACAAUUUACAAUGCAUAUAAGUUUAUAAAUACUAUAAAUCUAACGUAUUGAGACAAGUAACUCGUUAUUGCAGUCAGUGAAUCCUUUAUAUAUGCGUAUAUAUAAAUAUAUACAUAUAAAUAUAUAAGCA